AUCGGCACGGAUGGCUUCUCUUUGGCGGUGGAAAACAGAUUCCUAAAAUGCACGUGGAAAUUGCAAAAUAAAUUUAUGAACGUUUAUAACAUAUGUAUGAUUAAUUCAGUAAAGGUUGCAGAUUAUUUGAAUUGGUUACAAAAGUGUAUAACUUGUCUUCAAAAUGAAAGUGAAGAAGAUGAGCCAGAGGCCUCUCAAGUUGCCAGAAGUACAGAAAUUAGCAAUUACUGGGAAAAAGAAAAGAGAUCUGAGCAAAGUAACUACUAAAGAGUUCCUUGAACAAGAUUUUGAAAGUGAUACAGAUAGUGAUAUAUACGAUAGUGAUGAAAAAGAUAAAAAUACAGAUGAUGAAAACAGCAAACGACCUGAUAGCGACAGCGAUAGCGAGAGCAACUUAAAUCCUGCAGAAUACAAAAGAUCAUUGAUAAAAUUACAAGAUACUGAUCCUGAUUUUUAUGAAUACCUGAAGGAAAAUGACCAAGAUCUCUUGGACUUGGAAGUAUCAGAUGACGGAGAUGAUGAUAAUUAUUCAGUGGACUCGGAUGAUAGGCACAUUUCUAAUGAAAAUUUAAAGGUUGCUAGCGAUAAUAGUGAUUCUCAAUCGGAAGAAGCUGACAAUAAUUGUGAAAAGAUCACUAUGCAAUUACUGAAAGCUUGGCAACAAGAAAUACAAACAGACAAAUCAAGUGUUACCAUUAAACGUGUUGUAGAAGCUUUCCAUGCAGCUUUGAAUAGUAUCGCAGUAUCACGAGAUACAACCACGCGAUAUAAAGUAGAAGGAAGUGCAACAUUUAAUGGCGUGAUGCAAUUAUGUAUAACACACUUGCCUGAUGCACUUAGACGGUAUUUAAAACUGGAUCCAGAAUCGCAGGAAGCACAUAAAUCUAAGAGAUUUAACAAAAUACAAGAAAUUUUGAAGUUAUACGUGUCAGAUUUAAUUAAAUUAUUGCAGACUGUAGCAUCAUCCAAUAAUGCUGUUCUCAUAGUGCUUCUUAAGCAUCUUCAUCAAGUGUUGCCUUAUACCCAAUCGUUCUCGUCCUUAAGUAAACCAUUGUUAAGAAUCUUAUUAAAGCUAUGGUCAACUGCAGAAGAAACUGUUUGUGUUAUAGCCUUUAUGAAUAUCUUACAUAUUGCAACCAGCAAAGAAUUUGUACUUGAGAAACUAUUAGAGACUAUGUAUGAGAAAUACGGUCAGAAUACGAAAUUUGUUUCACCCAAAACAUUACCAAGAAUAAAUUUCAUGAGGCACUCUUUGGUCGAAAUUUAUCUGCUUGACCACAAUAUUUCGUACAGUCAUGCCUUUUUACAUAUCAGACAAUUAGCGAUUGAUUUAAAAAACGCCGUAACCUUAAAGAACAAGGAAAACUUGCAGGCCGUAUAUAAUUGGCAGUAUAUAAAUUUCUUACGCUUUUGGACAGAAUUGAUAACUAAAGCAAGAGAUAAGUUGGAAUCGCUGAUAUAUCCGUUAGUCCAGAUUAUUAUUGGAACAAUAAAAAUAAAUCCAACCGUACAAUAUUAUCCAUUGCGAUUCCAUUGUUUGAAAAUGUUAAUAACAAUUUCUAAGGAAACCGGAACUUUUAUACCUAUUAUGCCGUUCUUUCUCGAGAUACUGGAUUCUUAUGAUUUUAACAAAAGGCAUAAAGCUACGAUGCAACCUAUAUCCUUUGAUUGCCUUUUAAGGAUAUCGAAAUCACAAUUGGUAGAAAAUGGCUUCAAAGAUAGUAUUAUUGAAACUAUUUAUCAACUUAUAUUGGAACAUGCAGCAAGUGAAAGUUACAGAAUAUAUUUCCCAGAUCUCUACAUAUCUUGUAUAAUACAGUUAAAAGAAUUUCUGAAGAAAUGUCAUGUGACAAUUUAUUGCAAGAAGAUGAAACAGCUUCUAUCUGUAAUUGAAGAAAAUAGAACAUACAUCGAGACCGAGCGUGCUAAAGCAGCAAUAGAUUUACAAAAUAUGGCAAAGAUUAUAAAUUGGGAAAAUAGAAUAAAAACGGACGGCACAGCAAUAGCCAAAUUCUAUGCUUCUUGCAUUAAACAUCGUGAAUCCCAGAAUCUUAAAUUUCUUACGAAGAACGAAAAAGAGUUCAACGUACCAGUUGAGAGAAAAUCAGUGAAACAUAAAUUAGAUGAGCAGAGUGCAGAAGAUAGCGAAGAAGAGAACGAGUUUGAAUUUCAGAUGAAAGAAACGGAAUCUGAAAUAAGAGCGGAAAGACGACUGAAUAAGAAAAAGAUCAAUAAAAACAAGAAGAAAAUAGUCAACAAUGAUGAGAAUUUGCUGAGAAAAACAUGGUUUAUUCAAGAUGUAAAUACUAAUGAUUAAAGUUAAAAAUAAGGGCAAGAUUACUCUGGAAUUAACAAUUAUAUGUAUAGACAAAUACACAUUGUUUUAUAUCUGAA